UCUUCGGUCACUGACAAAUGCGUUCAUGAUGAACCUGGCGUUGUCUGACCUGGUGUUCACCUGCGGCCUCCCCUUCUGGGUCUCCUAUCACCUGAAUGGCUGGAGCUACGGUGACCUCACCUGUAAGGCGGUCAGCUUCCUGUUCUAUGCUGGCUACUACAGCAGUGGCAUCUUCCUCAUCCUAAUGACGCUGCAUCGUUACCUGGCUGUGCUCCACCCCCUGUCUCACCUGCUGUCAGGCUCCUCCCACUCUCAGGGCACCUGGAGCGCUGUUGUAUCAUUGGUCGUCUGGACUGUCAGUCUGUUAGCUGCUAUGCCAGCUCUCAUCUUUACCAAGGUCAUCAUCAGUGGUUCUAACGACCGUAAACAUCCUCUGGACCCUAACAACCCUUAUGGGCCUAGUGACUCUAACGCCCCUAGUGGUGAACAGCGGUACUGUGAUGUUACAGAUGUCAGCUGGAGGCUGUGGGGGGUCUACCAGCAGAACAUCCUGUUCAUAGUGACAUUAUUAGUGGUGUGUGUCUGUUACAGUCAGAUUCUAGUCCGCCUCCUGAGGCCCAGGGUUAGGGUUAGACGCCAGAGGAGCGGAGGAUACAGGAGGAGUCAGAGGACUGCCCGGCUGGUCUUCGGCCUGGUCCUGGUUUUCUUUGUGGGCUGGGCGCCGUACAACGUGGUCAUCUUCCUCAGGACGCUGGUGUAUAAGAGUCAAGAUGGCGGCGAUGCUGGCAGUGCUGAGUCAUCCACAACACUAUGGCAGGAGUGUGGCACCAGCAACACGUUGGACUACUCCUUCUAUGUGACCAGGCUGCUGGCGUUCUCCUACUGCUGUCUCAACCCUCUGUUCUACGUGUUCGUUGGGGUCAAGUUCCGGAACCACCUGAAGAGACUGUUGAAGGGUUGUUGUCAUGGUGUUACCGUUGUCAAUAACAACAACAACUUCAGUGUUCUGAACAGGAGCAGCAGACUGACAUCACAGUCCAGUGGGGAGUUCUCACUUUAAAUAACAACA